UCAUCGCUAUCCUCUCAAUAGAUUAGAUCACACCAGAGCUAAAAAAAAAAAAGGAGGGGAAUCAAGCAGCCUUCCUUGCCUCCUUCGUUUCUCCCUUAUGAGAAAGAAGAAAUUGUAAAAUUCCCUAGUCCCUUUCUUUUUUUUCUGUAAAUUUAUUGAUCUAAAUCUCAGUUUCUUUUGAUUUUUUUGGGGGUGUUUUUGGAGUAAAUUAAUAUGGGGACUGAAGUUUUACGGCCUCAGAAUUGUUUGAUCGAACGGAUCCGGGUUGAUCCGACGGCUUGUUCUCGCCGGAGAUACGGAAAUGGUAGCUUUAACACUAGUUAUUAUAAUAAUAACAAUAACAACAACGGAAAUGGUAGAUUUAACAGGAAACCCGUUCAUAGGAGGCGGGUCGGGUCGGAUCAGGCGAUUGCGAAGAGAUCUGGCUCCGUUGAUGACUUGAAGAUGGUGAGGAACAAUGUUACGAUGGAGAAGGUUACGAUUUUGAGACGAGGAGAGUCGUUGGAUUCGAAGAUCAAGAGCAACAGCGGUGGAAGAGAAGACGAGUUGGUUGUUACUGGUACGGAUCGGUUGGGGCCGGAUCCUGAUCUAGUCUCGAAACAGAUCAGAAUUGUGGAUAUUAGGUCUCCAGUCCCCGGAAAAUCUGACGUGUACGCCGGAUCGGCUUUCGCUGUCUCUCCGGAGCCGAGUUCACUCCCUUUACCUUCUUUCUCGAAGAAGAAACAGGUUUCCAUCGAUGAUACAGCUACCAGAGAUCUCAGGCGUUUGCUCCGGCUCGAUCUCUGAGAUCCAAACCCUGAUCCUAUUUUCUCUCUCUUUCUCUCUUGAUCAUUUCGUCUCUAUUUAUAUCUCUCUGAAAUUUUCAAGAUCCGAUUUCAGCCGUGAUAUUUUUUCAACACGAUGGACGGAUUUGAAAAUCGGAAAAAAUAUUAGGGGCGAGUGUUUAAUAUUUCAUAUUGUAGUCUCAGUUUAUGGGUUAAAAAAAAGUAUGGGGUGUCAUUUCGUAUGGGAUGAUGAAAAAGGGAAAAAUAAGGGGUUGAAAUGUAAUAUUUUGGGAAUAUUAGGGGUGGGCUGGGUUUCUAAAUGUUGAUAUGUGAAAAUGUUUUAUGCUCUGUUGUGAAAAAUUUGUGAGAGAGAUUUGCAAUCAGGUCCCCGUGUUGUAAGGAUAAAAUUAGGCAUCUUGAAAUCCCCUUUGUUAAUAGAUCAUUAGAUGUUUAAUUCUA